AUGGCCCAAGUCACACUGCCCCAGCCCUUUGCGGCCAUCCCGCGCGAGUCGUUCCUCUUUGGCCCCUCGCCCAUCCAGGACCUGCCCAGGAUAUCGGCGGCGCUGGGCGGCAAGGUCAACGUCUACGCUAAGCGCGAGGACUGCAACUCGGGCCUCGCUUUUGGCGGCAACAAGGUGCGCAAGCUCGAGUACCUCGCCUCUGAGGCGGUGGCCUCGGGCGCCGACACGCUCGUCUCCAUUGGCGGCGUCCAGUCCAACCACACCCGCGCCGUGACGGCCGUCGCGCGCAAGCUCGGCCUCCAGGUCGCGACGCUCCAGGAGCACUGGGUGGACUGGGAGAACCCUGGCUACGAGCAGGUCGGCAACAUCCAGCUCUCGCGCCUCAUGGGCUCCGACGUCCGCCUCAACGCCGAGGGCUUUGGCAUCGAGCACAAGGGCGCCCUCAAGAAGCUGACGGACGAGAUCACCGCCAAGGGCGGCAAGCCAUACUACAUCCCCGCCGGCGCGUCCGACCACCCGCUCGGCGGUCUCGGCUUUGCGCGCUGGGCGUUUGAGGUCGAGCAGCAGGAGAAGGAGAUGGGCGUCUUCUUCGACACCAUCAUCGUCUGCGCGGUGACGGGCUCGACGCUGGCGGGUAUGAUUGCGGGCUUCAAGCUCGCGCAGAAGAAGAACGGCUCCAAGCCGCGCAAGAUUAUCGGCAUCGACGCCGCGGGCGAGGGCAAGGUGCAGCAGACGUUUGACCAGAUUCUGCGCAUCGCCAAGUUCACGGCCGAGAAGAUUGGGCUCACCGCCGACGACAUUACCGCGGACGAUGUUAUCCUCCGCGACGAGUGGAACGCCAAGAUCUACGGCAUCCCCGACGAGACGACCAAGGCGGCCAUUCGCUUUGGCGCCGAGACAGAGGCCUUUAUCACGGACCCCGUGUACGAGGGCAAGAGUCUGGCGGGCAUGAUGGACCUGAUCAAGAACGGCGAGAUUGCGGGCGGGAACUGCCUGUACGCACACCUGGGCGGGCAGUUGGCGCUGAAUGCGUAUACCAAUAUGUAG